AUGGUUUCAAAGUUGGAUGCUUUUAACUUUCAAAUAGUCGUCCAACACUUUUACUUUGAAGAAGAUUUUAUCAACUCGGUUCUUAUCUGCAAGAAAUUUUCCUGUGUUUUGGACCGUUUUCGUUACAAUCCCAUUCCAGUAACAACAACGAAACUAUUUCAUUAUAUUGAGACACAACACUUAUAUACCAAAAAUGAUUGUGAAUUGCCUUCUGUUAAUAAUUUUGUUGUUUGGUAUAAAAUCCCAUACUCACAGACAACAACAAAAUCGGAGUACAAAUCCAUUACAUUUGAGAGUAUAAAAAUUUCAUGUGAAGAUGUAAAUUCUGAAAAUAUCAAAAAAUACGAACAACUGAAAAAUAUUCUCAAAAACACUGCCAUCAAAACACUUGGAAAACAUUUUUUAAAUAACUUUGACGUCACCAAAUUUGUGGUUCCAAACCACGUAACAAAACUUAAACACCACGUAUUCGAUAAUAAUAGUCACCUUGAUUGUGUGACACUUAACGAAAAACUCCUUUCAAUACCACGUUUUUGUUUUAGUUAUUGUAGUAACUUGAAAACGAUCACAUUUCCAUCUUCGGUAACUCAUAUAAUGGCAAACGCGUUUUCUAAUUGUGGAAUUGAAAGAAUAACCCUACCAUCAUCAAUUUAUUUCAUCAAAAAUUCCGCGUUUGCUGAUUGUCAACAGUUGAAAGAAAUUGUAAUUUCUGAUGCUGUAAAAUGUAUUGAUUUUUCAACAUUUUAUAAUUGUCACAAUUUGUCUAAAGUUGUUCUUCCCAACAAUUUAAAAGAAAUUAAAGGAAAUGCAUUUGAAGACUGCAAACUACUUGAACAUAUCAGAAUACCAAAGAGUGUACAUUUUAUUGGAGAAAUGGCGUUUCUAAACUGUGAAAAUAUUAAAGAAAUUGUUGUAAGUCAAAUUUGUAGCAUUGGACUCGGAGCAUUCAUUAAUUGUACAUCUCUUACAACUUUUAUUGUCCCAACUUUCAAUGGAAAUUUGAUAAACCCAAUUUCCAAAAAAGAAGUUGAUGUGUAUGAGAGGUUUUAUACCAAUUUUGAAGUAGAAAAAAAUGAAAGUGAUGAAAGUGACGAGGAGAGUGAAGAGGAAUACGAUGAUAUGGAUAAUGAAGAAAACGAUAAUCCCAAUAAUCAAAAUAACAAGGGCAACAAAAUUGUUUUAAAUAAUAUACAAAAAUUUGAUAAAUAUUUAACAUUUAUACCCAUAUUCAGAGGUUUUCAAAAUCACAAUCCUAAUUAUUCACGUCACCAUUUCAUAACCAAAAUGUUCAUUUUCUCUUAUAAAUUCGUACGUUAUAAUACCACAUUUUCGGCAAUAAUUAUUUUGGAAACCUAUACCCAUAUUGUUUUCGAUCUUAUUAUAUGA